GAUUUGUAGACCAGGAAGCAGCAGCUUAGGGAGAAUCGCACCGCAUCACCGCUGCUAACCAGCCAAUUGGUGUCCAGAGCACCAACACCGCUAACCAACCAGACACGGUGUCCGAUUGCACUCCAGACAGUUCCGGCCAAUCCGCGACUGCCAGGUGUCCGGCGUCCCCCUUGUAACUUCGACAGUUUAGACUCCCAGCCAAUAAGGUUUCCGACGCACAACCACCACCUCCAGCGCGUCGCUAGCGACUCGUCCUUGAUAGUCGCUCAUAAAAAUAACUAUUAUAAAGGACCAGUAGCCGCCAUGGAGAUCAGUCUACGAGUCAUCGGUGGGGAUCUGUCCUCUCCCGCAACCUCUCGAGCUCCAACCGCCGUACCUCGCCUUUCGUCCCAUUCCUCGCGAUUCUCCUAUCGCCUCUCCGUCAGCCGCCGUCAGCGCUUUCCCGGCUGCCGGCUCCCGCCCGGCCGUCAGCUCCGUGCUGGCCGUUCUCACCACUCUCUCUUCCGUCACCUUGUCUCGCGUGGCGAAGCCGUGCCGUUUACCGACGCCGCCAUUACGCGACCUUCUAUCUUGACGGGCCUUAGAACUCGAAUUUCUCACCCCAUCCACGUCGCGACACUCACUCAUGACUCCAUCCACGUGGAUCUCCCCGCGAGGUCUAGAAACUGACGGUGGUGAUCGAAUUACAGCCGUCCACGUGGCAUGGCGAAUCGCCGUGGCGCUGUUACUCGUCCUGGCUGCGGGCCCUCUAAGAUCGGACGGCGCGGCGCGAGGAGCAGCGAGCGAACCACGUGCUGCCACGUUGGUUCUUCUCACGGACAAUAAAUUCGGCGCACGAUGCCUGGACGGCAGCCCACCGGGGUAUUACCUGCGGGCAGCACCGUGGGAAGGCAUCACCACGUGGCACAUCCACUUCCCGGGCGGCGGGUGGUGCGCCACCAAGAGGGAGUGCGGAUGGCGCGCCGGGCGGCUGCUGGGGGGCACCACCAUGUGGCCGCCCACAAAUAAUGUCACGUGGGCGCAGAACCGUUUUGGGGGCAUUCUGAGCAGCAGCGGGGAGGCGAACCCCUUCUUUGCGCAGUGGCACCUGGCCAUGCCGGUGUACUGCGACGGGGGCGGGUAUGCGGGUACGGCCGGGCAGGUGGCGGUGGGAAAGGGAAGAGUUGUUUAUAUGGACGGCAGCAGGAUCGUGGGCGCCAUACUGGAGGACCUCCUCACCAACCGCGCCCUCUCAACCGCCACCACUGUUCUGAUCUCCGGCACCUCUGCGGGAGGGCUGCCAGUGAUGCGCCUGUGCGACGCCCUUGCUGCCCUUCUCCCCCGUGCCUCUGUCAAGUGCUUGCUGGACGGCGCCUUCUUCCCUGACGCCCCGGACCGCAAUGGGCGCAUGCACUUCCAGCGCUUGGCGCAGCAGGUCUCAGCACUGCACCAGUUCUCCCCCCAGUCACGCUGCGAUUUAGUGACCCCUGCGUCUGAGCGCUGGCGAUGCUUCUUCCCCCAAUACGCCCUCCCGCUCGCCUCCUCCCCCUUCUUUAUCGUCAACCCCGCUUUUGACAAAGUAUCUCUCUUAAUCGGUAACCAGCUUCCCAACAUCACCAACCCUGUAGCGUGCCUCAAGAGAAUAGUCCGCUCGCAGACCAAUCUCCUGGCUUCAUUACAGUCACGCUUGUUUCGUCCAGUGCCGGAGGGUCAAGCUGGUUGGUGCACAGAAAGGGAGUGCAGUGCAGCACAGAGUACAGCAGCAUCGGUGUACAGUAGCAUUCUCAGUAUAGUGCAAUCCAAGAAAGGGUUUGGUGCGUUUGUGCCAGUGGGGCUUGUAGCGCACAGCACAAUUACUUCACCGCUGUGGAAUUCUAUGAAGGUUGCUGGAACUCCGAUGCUUCUAGCUGUGGCGAGGUGGGUGGCUUCGGGGAAUACCGGUCAUCCGCUGCUCUACACUUGAACAAUUCUAUUCUGUUCUAGUGGAUACUAGGGAGUAUGGUCAAUAUGGUAUUGAUGUGAUUUCGUGGCAUCACCAAAACGGAUGUCAAUAUUGUUACUUGCUUACAGCUUUUUCUUGCUUCAAUGUAUCAUCACUAAAUUCGCAAUGAAGGG